GUAGCAAGCAGAAUUUGAUCACAAAAUAUGUGUGUGUGCGUGUGUCGAUACGUGCGGUGCAGCCGACAUUCAGCCCAUGCGCUACACGGAUGCAGAGGCUCCAGGGGGCUACGCCGAGCCCCUCGACACCCUGCAGAUCUACUCCAUCAAAGUCGCGGAGAUCAGAGGGGGCCUGCGUUGGCCCAUCCAUGUCUACGGCAUGAUCGCCGCACGUGACAUAGUCGACAGAAACCGCAACAUCAUCUUCGACCGCUCCAGGGAUGACUGCCAAACCCUCACCAGCAAGGAUUCGUGCUUGGUAAUGACAGGUCCUACCCGUCCCAUUGUUAUGUUGGGUGCCGCGACCUUUGAGAUUGUGCUCAAAGUGAAGGAAGGCAGCACGGAGUCUAGGGAUAAAGUUUUAAGCUUCUUGGCUGUUCCUCAUGACAGUGUUAACUGUUUGGAGCUUUCCUGCACAACAGAUAGGAAAUACAUCAGCAAGCUUAGCACGCUGGAGUUUACAAUGAGUCAAAUUGCUUGCUCCGUGGAGGCGACAAUCAGCGUGCAAAUGGUUGAUGGGUCGUCAUGGCCACACGGUGUCCGAGGUGAAUUUUCCGCCUGUACCACCAGUAUGGCCGACAGGAAAGUAGUUCUACUCAAUUCUGGAAGCGAGAAGGAAGUGGAGGUUAGUGCAGAUGGCAUGAUCCGGCUAUCCAGACGUGUCGCUUCCGUUGAAUUCACCGGAGAGCUCAAGGUUUGUGUGGAUGCAUGGUGGCAAGGCGAGGUGAAACCCAAGAAAGCUUGGAAGGUUUUCAAGCCCAAGAGAGCUGGUAGGAACUAUGGUACCUUCAAUCUUGGCGGUGUGUGUAAGAUGAAAGUCACUGUUGCCUGGUCGCUUCUUUCCUACUAUCCGGUUAACCGCCCCAAUAGUCCUUACGGUUCACUGGCUUUACGCAGGGAGGCGGAGGCAGAAGGACGUACUGUCUAGUAGUGUUAGAGUUACGAUACCUCCGUCCGAAAAUACUCGUCAUCAACAUGGACAAAAAGGAUGUAUCUAGAACUCUAGAUAUAUUCUUUUUUAUUCAUUUUGAUGACAAGUAUUUCCGGACGGAGGGAUUACUUCUGGUGCGCCUUGCUCAGGCGUUGCAUGUACACAUGAAGUUUAGAUUGUACUAGUAAUCAUGUAUUGUAGUUUCAUUUAGAAUUCCAUGGCCAACUUUGUGUGGAUGCAAAGCAGCGCUAUGGAUUGAGUUGCUUUGGUGGUGCCAAGUUAUCCAUCGUUUGCAUGGACAA